CCGACAAGGAAGGAGGGAGUUAUAGAUGCAGCCGAGCGUUAAGAGGAGAAGACUCGUGCAACACCUUCAGUGUCGGAGGUGGUGAUCCAAUUUACAUUCCACUUUAUUACCAUCUCACAGUCAGAAAAGAGGAUUCCUGCGGCUGUGGGAUAAGACGGCUCCCACAUUUCCUCACCCGAAGUGUCCCUUACCUUCCCCGGAUAACGUAUCUGCUGGGAGAUUGAAGGGAAACCACUUGACAGACUUGAAGAGCUUUGCCUGAGGCGAGCCAGAGCUCAUACAGCUGGGUGAAGGCACAUUAACACACUGAGAAGUGGAAACUGUGGCUGCAUCAACCAUGGAGGUCUACACUACUUCGAAGAAACUUACUUUGCUCUCAUUUACCUUUCUGUGUGGGCUCUCAGGCAUAUGGGCCCAGAUCCAGAUGCCCCAGCCCAGUAUUGAGGUGAUCAAGGGUCAGAUGGUGGUGCUGAUGGCCUCGUACAACACCGGGCCGGGCAGUGACCCGAGCACCAACACCAUCCUCUGGAACUUUGUCUCUGACAACACCCAGCUGAUCAUCUUCUACACCAAAGGCUCCACGAGCGUGGGCAAAUCCCAGUUAGAGGGCCGCGUCGGUUUCUUAUCAAGCAUGCCCUCAGGCAACGUGUCGCUGUACAUCAACAACACCCGGGAAUCUGACUCAGGACGCUAUGUCUGCCAGGUCAUCAUUCCUGAUAAUGCUGGCCUCACUGCUGAGCUCAGUCUGGAUGUGAAGGUCCCUCCUGCGGUUCCUAAGUGCUCUCUAUCAGGGAAGCCGGUGCUGAAGGGAAAUGUGACUCUGAGCUGCACAUCCAGCUCUGGGAAGCCCAUUCCUCUGUACAAGUGGAAGAAGACCAGUCCCAGCUCCGAGGUCUUCUUCUCACCCAUGCUCAAUGAGAAGAUCGGCACUCUGAAGCUGAGCAACCUGAGCAGCAACAUGUCAGGGAAGUACGAAUGCACAGCCAGCAACUCGGCCGGAUCAGAGAGCUGCUCCAUCAGCCUGGAGAUCGUCACCUCCACUAAUGUGGGGAUGAUUGUUGGCGCCACAUUGGGCUCAGUGAUUGGCUUCAUCUUCCUCCUCCUCAUUUGCCUCGUUUUCCUGGUGAAGAGGCGGAGAGACAAUGAGGACGACAUGGCCAACGAAAUCAAGGAGGACGCUCAGGCUCCCAAGCGUGUGUCCUGGGCCAAGAGUGGCAUGGGUUCAGAUAUCAUCUCCAAGAAUGGCACCCUGUCUUUCAUCGCCUCCAGCCCACACCAUAAAGAGCCCUCCCACCACCACAACAACCACCACCACCUGCAGCAGUACCCCCAGCGCCCCCCCUCAGACACCGCCUCCAUCAUCACCGCCACGGGCAGCAUGGCCGGAUACCGCCCAUCCCGCCAACACGGAGCCUCCACCCCAACCCAUUACAGCUACAAUAACAAUAGCACCCUGCCACGUGGACAGACCAUAUCCUCUGAGGCCAGCACUAAUGGGAACUCUCUACCCAGACCAGAGCGCUACACCCAGCUGCCCCAGGCUCAGGUGCUACCGCAAACCUACAGCCAGUCUCAGCUGCAGCUGCAGGCUGCUCCCUCCCCGCCACCGCUGCCCACCUCCACGGUCACAGCCUCCAACAUCGCCCGCAUGGGAGGGGUGCCCAUUAUGGUGCCCGCACAGAACCAGGCCGGAUCUCUGGUCUAACACCCGGCAGCAAAAAACAGUGCUGUUGACAAAAACAGUGGAAUGUCCCUUUACACUCUCAAAAAGGGUCAGCUGCUGAUUUUUUUAAAAAGGGAAACGCUUUAGCUACUAUUUAGCAAAGAAGUACAGUAGAUGAAUCAAUCGAUAGAUCAAAUUCACUUAUAGAUGCGCCAAGAAGCUUUCAUGCCUGACUUUCAGACACAGACUGUUUUAAGUAUACUCAAGUCUUUUAUAUUCUGUAAGCACUGUAUACAUUGCAUCUACGUAUGUAUACCGUAGAUAUGAGUUUCAUACAUUUGUCAAGUAUCUGCUUUUCUACUUUAUCAAUCAAUUUCUAACAUCGUAUUUUAUUUGUUUGUGGGGGGGAUUGUUUUUUUUAGCUUCUAAAUGUUGUAGUUUUUUCCUCCUGCCACACAAAUUCCACAAAGUGAACAGCACAUGGACCAUGAGUGUGUGCAAGUCUUACAGAUGAAUAUACAGAUGAAGAGGGCUAUGCAGGUCAGCUGUACCAUCAUCUGUAUGUAAAACAAAUACCUAAAGAUAAGUUUAAGCACAAUAUAUCAGUUAGAGGAGAGAAUGUUGCUCUAAGUGAAGUCAGUGAGGAGGACUGGGUGUAAUAUGAAGAUCUAUUAUAAAUUAUACAAGUUUGGCAUCGGAAAGUAUCCUAAUCCUUUUUUUUGGCUUUACUUCUGUCGGUGGUUCAGCUUACAAAAUGCUCUUAGACUCAAUUCUUUAAACACAGAUUAGCAAAAGCUUCUUAUAAUAUUGAGCAAUAUUUAGAACUGCAGUGUGGUGACUUUGCUAAUACAUAAGUUCACACGUUUAAUAAUUUAAAGUUGCCUGCAUAAUUGAAAUUGUAAAUAUGAUAUUUAUUUUCUGAGAAAUGUGUGACUUACAGCAGAGUAUAUUGUUGGCCACAGCCUGUAUGGAACAUAUAAUACAGGUCAUAUGUUUGACACUGAACCAAAGAUAUACAGUAUGUAACGCUUCAUUGUUUGGACAUGUAGUUUAUUUUCUAGUGUAGGUCAGCGGGAAAGACUGUUUAAAUCAACAUGACAUGGAAGCAUUUUGAUUCGCUGCCAAAAGCCACAGACUUUAGGCUUUUUUCAGAUAAAGCUCAUUCCCAUUUGAGUGACAUUGCCACGUGAUGGUAACAGGAAGCUGAUGUGAAAGCGUUUUUCUUGAAGGUGCCUAGUUAGUGAUCCGCUACCAUUUCCCAUCAUGAGAAAUGCACUAUUUAAUGAAACCUACAGAAUAUUCUAAAAUAUAUGUUGGCUUAAUACUACUAAUGCUGGUUUCCAUUUAACAAAAGUAAAAUCAGUGCAUAUUUUUAAUUUAAAUAGCGUCAUGUAUUGCGCUGCUGUGGUGAUCAGUCAGUAUGAGUACGAGCAGCUGUUGCUGAUCACACAGGAGAUGACACAGAGGAAACUCUUAUCACUCAUUCUGACCGUAACAAUGUCAGCUUAGCUUUUACAUUCAAAACGUGUUCACUGCAGUCAGAAUGUAUCCAGAUGGCUUCAGACGUAAGGCCCGUGUACACUGAAUGGUUCAAGAACCUAACAUGAACUGUGGUAAACAGCAGAGACGUGCCUUGACUCAAUUAUUUUCUAGAAAAGGAUUUCCUUCUUAGGUAUAAGAAGCCUUACUCGCAUUUAGAAAAUAAAAAUGUUAAUGUUAAAUGAAUUGAGUGUUUAGCCACAGUCUGCAUCUGCCCUCCACUGGCCAUCAGAAGACGGUACAGGGGGAAAUAUAACACAAAGACACGUUCAUAUUCCCUGUAAAACCAUUCUGAAACUAUUUGUAUGUCCACAACAUUUAUCUUCCAACAGACAUUACAUUUCACAAUCUCAUCAAGUGUGGUAUAUAAUUCAGUCUAUUAUCCUAAUUCAAUUCAUUUCUCAUAGUAAAGUGGUACACCAGAUGGCAGCACAUUCACUCUCAGACAGGAGGAGUGGUCGACGUAAAUGUUAAACUUUACCCUCUUCUGCAUACAGUUAAGGCAACAGCAUUCUCUUUGACCUUACCAGCCUCCUAUUUAUAAAUAUUUAUUAUAAAUGUUUCUGAUUAACCAAAUGAGAGGUCAAAUUGGUAUAAAGCAGAGCCACAUGUAGCAAAGUGCCAGAAAAGGGAAAGACAAAUCUCAAGCUCAGAUCCUGGGAGGCCAUCGCUGCUCCACCCUCUGGAACUCUCCACCUCAAACCCUCAGAGACUCCUCCUCACUCCACAUUCAAAUCAUCACUGAAGACUCACCUGUUCAACACGGCCUUCAAACACUGACCGUCUCUUCUACUUGUCCUCCCUUUUUGUUUGUUUAUAUAUUUAUUUAUUUUUGUAUCACUCACUUGUUAAAGUGCUAUACAAGUAUAUUGUAUGUAUUAUUAUUAUUAUUAUUAUUAUUAUUAUUAUUAAAGAUUUAACACUUUCACAUCAAGAUAA